AUGCUUUUUCCUUUUUUUUCAUUGCACAUUGCUUCAAAGCCAUUAAAGAGGCAAUUCCCUUUUUAUCCCACUCUGAAGGAAGAAUGUGAUACCGGAGAUCCUUGCAUUGUUGAUUAUUUUUCAUUAGAAACUGUAGAUAAAAGGUCCUUUUCUUAUCCUAUAAUAAAAAAGUGUGUCAAGGGAUAUUUAGAAAAUAAAAAUCACUCAAAUUGUAUCACUCGUUUACAAAGUCACGCUGAAAAUAAUGGAGAUGCAGCAUUUAUACUCGGAAAUAUAUACGAAUUCGGUCUUAUGGGUGUCAAACCCAAUGAUAAAACAGCUCGCCAUUUUUAUUCUUUAGGAACACAUCUUGGACAUGCUGAAUGCCAAUAUUCUCUUUCGUUUAUGCAGCGCUAUGGCCUUGGCGGUUCUAAAGAUGUAUUGCAAUCAUAUAUGCUCCUCAAAGCCGCUUCUUUGGCCGGAUCAAUACCUGCAAUUAUUACAGAAUCUUUUCUUGAUUUCUAUGGAUUUAAUCGCCCAAAGUCAUGCUAUGCGGCAUAUGAAAAAUUAAAUCCAAUUAUGCAAAUAAUGAUGAAAAAUCUUACACACGAUCGAUUACGCGAUAGUUUAGGCGUUACAAGAAUUUAUCCAAGCAUGAUUCGGCUAUUUACCAGGCUUAGCAAUAACUUUAAGAAGACAUUAAAGGAAGCCAAUGCGGAUAAUCCUAAAGCCCUUAUCGAAGCUGGCAAAUAUUACUUGUGGACAGAAAAAAAUUAUUCUUAUGCAGAAGAAAUCUUUAAGAAGGCAGCAGAUCUCGGCGUUUCGGAAGCAAAUCACUACCUAGGCCUUAUCUAUCGUUACGGAUAUGGUCAUGACGUUGAUAAUUACAUGGCCGAAAUUUAUUUCAAGAAAUCGAUUCAAGGAGGUAUAUCUUCAUCUCAAGUUGAACUUUCUAAGAUGAUGAUCAAAGAAGGAACCAAUUUCGAAACAGGUUUUGCGUAUCUAAAAGUAUUAUCUCAUAUUGACUGCGACGCAGCUUACAAUUACCACCUUCUUGCACUUGGUAUGACCGAGAUAGAACCAAAGAACACAUCAAAGUUCCUCUUCGACAUUUACAAUGUAACGAAUCGUUGUGCAAAUCUUCCCCAUAUUCCUUCUAUCUAUUUGUCGGCAGCGUACACCGUGGAAGGUGUAAAUUUCAAGCCAGAUUGCAAGCGCGGCUUCUACAAAAUGUUCCUUGCCGCUGAAUUGUCUCCAUUUUUCGACAUGGCCCGAACAGCAUUCAAUUUUUACAUGAAAAGUGACACAAAUUACUCGUUACGAUUAUAUCAGAAGAUUGCUGACUGGGGCAGUGAAGCCGCCAUGGGCAAUGUGAAGAUCAUACUAGAUGACAGGAAGGAGGAUGCAACAGACUGGGUAGAGAUGCUCCAGAAACUAAAAUUCCCCGACGCAAUUUUGGUCAAAGCGAAAAAUAACUUGAAAAAUGGAAAUGCCGUAAAAGGUGAAAAAGAACUGAACAAAGCCGCCGAAAAUAGUAAUGCUGCAAAGUACGAAGCUGCUAAAUAUUAUUUCCGCUCUGAUCCUGCUCGUUCUUUGCAUUAUUUGAGAGAUCUUUAUCAAAGUAAUCCUUCAUCUUUCUUCGCUGUUUUGUAUCUUUCAGUUUUGAUUUUGUUGAGAAAUGUACCAAUCGGUUUAUUUACUUUUAUCAACGGAGCAAAUACAAAAGAGGCGGAAGUUGUUUGGGUGAUUAUUCAGAACUACGCUGUGGAUGUAUUACUAUGCAUUUCAUUCGUAACAUUCUCUUUCUUUUUGAGGAAAAGAAUCCAAUUGAUUAUUGAACAGAAAUGA